AUGAAAGGACGACACGGCAUUGAUUUUCAAAAUUCAAACUUAUAUCCACGGAUCAUAAGAGCUAGCAGAGGAGGAAAUAUAAAUUCAGGCGGUUGUUUGCUGUACGCCAACCUCAAACCAGAUAGCUCCCAUAAAUACCGAUAUUUUUUGGUGUAUAGCAACAAAUCCAACUGUGAAUUCCCAAUCUACAGUGGCGUAAUUUUUUGCAUCUUUUACGCUCUUGGAAUAGCGAUGUACAACUCGUACACCAUUUAUAAAGCCAAGAGGGACCCAUCCAUUGUGUCACAGAUGUGGGUUUUCCCAUUUAUCCUGCUGAACUCAGUGGUGACAUUUCUCAUGCUUGUUGCCUCCUGCAUGGUCAGUGUUGGUUUUAAAGAAAUAUGUGACUCGAUGACGAAAGGCAAACAUAAGUACUAUCCCAGUUGUAUAGAAGCAGAAAACCAGAAGCUUGUGUUUCCACUAACAAAGAAAACGACUUCUACGGGUCGCUUCUACACCUUAAUCAAUGUUACUCAGAAUGCCUCAUGGAUUUGUACAGUUUGCUGGCUGGUGCUGGUUGUUUUUGGUAUUGUCCAAUUUGUACUCAAUAGACGCCAGAAAACCCAUACACGUCAUGAAGUCAAUUAAGAGAGCCAGUACGGAACAGACGUCAUAGUGAAGAAUCUCCGUCAUAUGUGAUGU